AUGAAACUCGGUAGCAAAGACGGUAGGGAUCUUAGUUCUUCGGGACGUAAUAUGCUCUUCCACCAAAGACGUUUCUUCGCAUAUCCAAGUGGUGCUCCCAGCUUGAACACGCUCAGCUCCGUGUCUUCCCACAGCCACACACUGGUCACAACGGAUCGAUGCGUAUCAUUGCUAAGUUAUGGAGAUGCCGGUUAUAGUUUGCACAAGCUCGAUGUGGACGAUCUACGAAAUGAUAACGCUAAUGUAGUGGCUAGUGCUAUUAUGGAACGACCAGGGACGCUACAGUCACAGCUGGUCGUUGCGUAUACAGUUGAAGAAAUGCAAUAUCUGCAGGUUUUGCCUCUUCGAUACGAGUCUUUGGAACGCACUGAAGCCACAAACACGUCCGAUUGUAAGAAGUUUGAGCUGCAAGCGGCACCCACGUGCAUGUUCAAUAUGCAAAUCUUAGGGUCGAAUGGAGACACCUUUUCGGGCGUUGUAGUGUGCUGUACAGACUCCAUGGUCGCGUUUGGGUACAUUGUAAACAAAAAGGAGAACUCCUCGACUGGAAUUGAUGCUGUUUGCACUCGUCUGGAUAAUCAGCAGUUUGCUGUCUUUUUUCCUGAAUUUGCUACCUUCACACACACGAUCUUAGCAGUUGACAUCCUUACGUCACCGACGAAUGACCACGGCUGGAUUGCAUUCGGGUGUGCUGACGGAUUGGUGCGCGUGUUUAAUGGGCAUUAUGACGGAGGAUGCCUCAGUGGCCCAUUUAAGAUCAAAAAUCUGCUGUUGAAUGGUCCCGUGACUUCUGUUGCUCUAUAUCUGACACAUACAACUACGACAAAAGAAGCUAAGUUAGCUUGGAAUUGUAAUCUAUUGGUGACAUGUGCGAUCGGCCAAGCACUGGUCUAUGAAGACUUGUUUGGUGCUUUUGAUCACAUCGGGAAUGGCGAGGUUUUGAUGGACUCUGAUACGUUUGACUCGAUAUUCGUGGGCAUUGUUACCGACAUUGACCUGGAUGGACACGUUGAAUUGCUACUGGGAACAGACAAUCAAGUCAUGUUGGCAUACAAGGAAAUAAGUGAUCGUGGUGACAGCCGACGCGAGAAUAUGAAUGAAAAUGCGACAAAGCACUCGCUCGAGUCAAACAUCGACGACUCCACAGCUGCGUCACCAAUGUCACCUGGAAGUUCGCACAAUAUUUGGGAUGACUUGGAGAUGAUUCCAUUAGUGAAUGCAAAUGUUCCUAUCACACCUGCGUCUUCACUAACGCGUUGGAAAUGGCAGCGAUUGUCCCGAAAUCACUGGGACUUGGAAACUUUUGGUGCCAUUUACAGUCUUCUCUGGCGAGAUAUUAAUCACGAUGGAGCAUUUGAGUUACUUGUCGCCAGUUCUACUGGAAUUUAUGUCUACGAAGUUGACUCAAUUUUUGUCAUUCAGAAGCUCGUGGCAGUAUUGCAGAGGACACCAGGACGACCUGAAAGCGUCGUUGCGGCUACAAGUGCAAGCUCGACGUCAUAUGCCAAGCCAGGACUGUUUCAGUUGCCGGAUCUACACACCCCGUUAGAUUUUUCGAGACUAACACAAGACGUUAAGCUGCAAUGCCAUCAGUUACGACAGGAGCUAGCAGCAGCAUCGCCAGGACUGCAGACGUUGCGCAUUUUGGACGAUAUCUCAAAUGUCAUUUGCUCGGUCAUUGACGCAGCGGAACUCUGCCGUAACGUACAUCCGAACGAGGAUUUCCGACGGGCGGCGAGUGAAUCUUUUACUGACCUGUCAAACUUUAUCCAGAACUUAAAUGCUGAUGUAGACCUGUAUCGGUCGCUAAACACGGUGACGGAGGACCAGAUCAGUAUGAAAAGCUUCACACCAGAGCAGAAAAGAAUGGGAAUCUUGCUACGCAAUGAAUUUGAACGUGAUGGUAUUCAUUUGCCCCAUGCAGACCGGCAGCGGGUUGUUUCAUUGCAAAAUGAAAUUACGCAGCUUAGCAUGCAGUUUCAGUCGACGAUGCACAGUGCUAGGGAAUAUGUCGAGAUACCGGCUACACUCAUGCGUGGUAUGCCGCAUAGUAUCACGUCUGUAUGCGAGCGCAAGUGGAUGAGCCGUGACACGUUGCGAGUUCCCACUGAUAUGCACGUCAUGAACACAGUGUUAAAGUGGGUUGGGGAUUCUGAAACUCGACGGAAGAUGUAUGUUGCCGCCAAUUCAUGCGCAAAAGCCAACCUUCCAGUGUUGGAUAAGUUGCGAGCGAAGAGGCAUGAGCUGGCUCAGCUUUUAGGAUUCCCUACGUUUGCCCACCUGGCAACAAGCGACCGCAUGAUUGGAUCCCCAGAGGCUGUGGAAAAAUUUAUCGGAGACAUCGCGAGACAGCUCAUGGCAAAGGCUAAAAUGGAGCAGCAACUUUUGCUAGAUGCGAAGCGAAAAAACGAAGGUCGUUCUGUUACUAACGUCUACAUGUGGGACUUGCCUUACUACAUGGGCAUGCUUAAGGCCCAGAAGCACCAGAUCGACUCGCGCGUGAUUUCAGCGUACUUUCCUCUCGACAACUGUUUGAAAGGACUGCAUUUGCUGUGCUCAGCACUGUUUGGCCUAGAUCUGAAGCAAGUACCCAUGCUCAACGCAAGCGAGUGCUGGCAUGAUGACGUGGUGAAGCUUGCACUCACUCGGAAUGGUAAAACGUUAGGAUACAUGUAUUUUGACUUGUAUCCACGGCCAAACAAGUACAGCCACGCAGCUCACUUUACUAUUCGAUGUGGCAAGCGGCUGAGUGACACGUCGUACCAGAAACCUAUCGUGGCUCUUGUCUGUAAUUUCAACAAACCCGCGCCCGAAAGUCCAUCUUUGCUGACGCACGCUGAAGUGGAGACACUUUUUCACGAAUUUGGUCAUGUGAUGCAUUCUUUGUUGUCUCGCACUGAGUUUCAGCACCUCUCAGGCACGCGUGCGACAUUGGACUUUGUGGAAACUCCAUCGCAUCUAUUUGAGUAUUUUGCAUGGGAUUAUCGCGUGGUGAGUGAAUUUGCCCACCACUAUCGGACAGGCGCUCCAUUGCCUCCUGCUAUGAUGCAAGGUCUACGUGAUUCGAAGACGAUGUUCGCCGCGAUGGACACACAGACCCAGUGCUUGUACUCCAUGUUGGACCUGCAGCUCUUCAAAGAGCAGCCUUUGCCCUGUUGUCCUAACACAACCACGCAAAUGAUGCAUGAGUUGCAGAACUCUAGCACACUAGUGCCUCACGUGGACGGAACGUAUUGGCACACGCGCUUUGGACACUUGAUUGGCUACGGCGCCGGCUAUUACAGCUAUCUAUACGCUCGCGUGUUUGCCGCCGAUAUUUGGCAUACAAACUUUGCUGGACCGCAGGGCCCAUUGAAUUGUGAAGCGGGCGAGAAAUUGUACAAAAAGCUGAUGAUUCAUGGCGGUGCUAAAGAUCCGAAUGAUCUCCUUGUUGAUAUGCUUGGUCGAGAGCCUUCACCGACGAGCUACCUGCACGAAUUGGGCGUGUAA